ACGGAGAGCGGGGGAGUGUAGGCUCCUCGAACUCCAUUGCAGCUGCGGACAGAAAUGGAAGACGGUGAGAUAGAGGAGGCGCCGGUGCCGGUGGAAGGAGAAGACCAACGUGAUGGACAUUCGGCGGAAGAAUGCAAGUUGGAGGAAUCUCCAUACGAAAUGCUGCAGAAUAGCAAAGCUUCGGUAGAAAAGAUCGUUGGUGAGAUGCUCUCGCUUAAAAGAGAGGGUAAACCUAAGUCGCAGCUCCGAGAGCUCGUUACUCAGAUGUUCCUCAACUUUGUCACUCUUCGCCAGGCAAACCGCUCCAUCUUGAUAGAGGAAGACCGUGUUAAAAUGGAGACAGAACGCGCAAAGGCACCUGUAGACUUUACAUCCUUGCAGCUUCACAACCUGAUGUACGAGAAAAGUCACUAUCUUAAGGCGAUAAAGGCUUGCAAGGACUUCAAAACAAAAUACCCUGACAUAGAACUUGUACCUGAAGAAGAAUUUUUUCGUGAUGCACCUGAAGAUAUAAAGGAAUCCUUAUUGUCUAAUGAUAGUGGCCACAACUUGAUGCUCAAGAGGCUAAAUUUUGAGCUAUUCCAGCGCAAAGAGCUUUGCAAGCUUCAUGAGAAACUGGAACUGCAAAAAAGGAGUCUUUCUGAGACAAUUGCAAAUCGAAAGAAGUUCCUCUCAAGUCUCCCUUCACAUCUCAAGUCUCUUAAGAAAACGUCCUUGCCAGUACAAAAUCAAUUGGGAGUUUUGCAUUCUAAGAAACAAAAGCAGCAUCAUUCAGCAGAGUUGCUUCCACCUCCUCUUUAUGUGAUAUACUCACAGCUAUUGGCUCAAAAGGAGGCAUUUGGAGAAUCCAUUGAUCUGGAGACCAUAGGAAGCCUCAAAGAUGCUCAAGCUUUUGCCCGCCAUCAAGCUCAAAAGAACUUAGGCAUUCCCCCCACUGUGGAAAGUUCCAAAAUAGAUGAUGAUGCACUUGAUGAGGAAGAAGAUGGGCAGAGGCGAAGAAAACGGCCAAGGAGGGUUCAAGGCAAGGAAAGCCUUGAUCAGGCAGGAGUAUUUCAAGUUCAUCCACUUAAAGUCAUCCUCCAUGUGUAUGAUGAUGAGAAUCCUGAUCCCAAGUCAGCAAAACUCUUUACUCUAAGAUUUGAGUACUUGGUGAAGUUGAAUGUGAUUUGUGUUGGAAUUGAAGCACCUAAUGAUGAUCCUGAGAAUGAUAUCUUAUGCAAUUUGUUCCCUGAUGACACAGGUUUUGAACUUCCUCAUACGUCAGCCAAGCUAUCUGUUGGGGAUUCUCUAAUGUUCAAUGGUUAUAGAACUUCACGACCUUAUAAAUGGGCGCAGCACCUGGCAGGUAUUGAUUUCUUGCCAGAGGUGUCUCCUCUGCUGCUAUCUGGCUGUAAAGCAUUAGGCAACAGAACAAAGAAUGAAGAUGUCACAUCUGGGCUUUCUCUUUAUCGCCAUCAGAACCGGGUACAGACAGUUCUAGAGAGGAUUCGUUCCCGUAGAAAAGCUCAGUUGGCUCUUCUGGAGCAGCUUGAAUCUCUUGGGAAACUUGAGUGGCCUCUUCUAUCCUGCAAAAGCGUUCCAUGGGCUAUGCACACUCCUGCAUGCAAUUUGGAUGUUUGGUCACCUCUAAGGUCCAUAUCAAACGAAUCUUCAUCUCUGGUGGUUGCAGAUAAGCAGGAGCACAGUCAGGAACCAAUGGAUGUUGAUGCAAGUGAGAAAUCUGGUGCCACAAAGGAGGAACCCGAGGGUACAAGGGAAGAUGGGGAACUUCCAUCUUUGCUGCCUAGCAUUUCUGUUGUAGGUGAUGUCAAGCCACCCUAUUCAAAGGGGUCUAGUCUCGACCAUUCCAAGCAACUGAGUUUAAUUUCAAAAAGCAUCACUCCCCAGCACAAGGUUAAAUCACGAAGUUUCAAGAACUUUGAUGACAACUCUGAACUUUUGCUAGAUGCUGACAGUGAUCUUGAUGAGCCAGCGCAAAUUGAACCAGAACCUGAGGAUAUGGCAUAUGAUCAUUGUUUCAGAAAGUCUGAGAUUUCAUGGACGGAUUACGGGGUCAAGGAAUUUUGCCUUGUUCUUGGUGGAAAAAUCGGGGUGGAUAAGAGGAGUGUGAAUCUAGAAGCAAAGAUCAAGAUCAGUAUGGAGUAUCCUCUUAGGCCUCCUCUUUUUGCAUUGACUCUUAGCCUUGGAUCUUCUGGGAAAAGACAUCAGGAUAAGGAUGGCUUGGACUGGUACAAUGAACUUCGUGCUAUGGAAGCUGAGGUUAAUCUUCACAUGCUAAGGGUGCUACCUGCAGAGCAACGAAAUUAUGUAUUGGCUCAUCAAGUGCGCUGUCUUGCUAUGCUGUUCGACUAUCAUUUAGAGGAAGCUUCCCCACCAUCUGGAGGGAAAAGUUGUACCUCUGUAGUUGACAUUGGUCUAUGCAAGCCAGUAAAUGGUAGGUUCCUGAAUAGAUCUUUUAGAGGAAGGGACCGAAGGAAGAUUGUCUCCUGGAAAAACUUUGAAUUAACCCCCAACUAAUUCCAAUAGUCGAGGUCUGGAGGCGGUAGUCCUGAAGAGGAUGUACGUUUUGGUCCCGUUUGAUAAGAAGUAUUAAAAAUGAGGAAUUGGAAUUGGGAUUGCAAUUAAAAAAAAUUAUUAAAAUAGUAUUUAGUAGGAGUAAUUGUUUAUUAUAUGGGAUUAGACAAACCCAUAAAGUUAAAAUUGAGGAAUACCACUUUCUCCUGUAAUAUUUUCUAAUCUCACAUACAUGGGUUUAACCAAUCCUAUAUAACAAGCAAUUUUUUAUAUUAAAUACUCUUAAUAAAUUUUUUCAAUUACAAUCCCAAUCAUAAUCUCUUAUUUUUAAUGCUUCGUACCAAAUGUAGUCUUUGUGUUUAUAGAUGUGGCCUUGGGAUAUCAAUUUGCUUACCGCACAAGAAAACAGCUGUGGCUGUGGUAGCGCUUAGAUGGUUCAACUGGACCAGCAAAUAGGCAAUGUUUAACAAGUGGGUUAGUGCGGCAACAUAUUUUGGUUUCUAAGAGGAGCCAACUUUGUGGAAUUUUUCUCAAGAUCUUGUUUUGCGGAUGCUUUGGAGACUACGAUGCAGGAUU